AUGGCUUCACAAGUUGUUAAAUGGGCUCCAGAAGGCGGCGGAGACUGGUCCAGGCUUCCUCCACGUGUCAGCCUGGCUCAGAGGGGGGUCUGGGGGCCUCCAGAGCCAGACGUGGUGGUCGUUGGAGGAGGGGUUCUGGGCUCUGCGAUGGCUGCAGUGUUGGCCCAGGACGGCAGGAGGGUGACGCUGGUGGAGAGGGACCUGACGGAGCCAGACCGCAUUGUGGGAGAGCUGCUGCAGCCCGGGGGAUACAGGGCUCUCAAAGCUCUGGGGCUGGAGGCUUCAGUGGAGGGUCUGGACGCUCAUGUGGUCAAUGGUUACGUCAUCCACGACCGGGACAGUGGGGCGGAGGUGGAGAUCCCGUACCCCGAAGUGGACGGGGAUUUGCAGUGUGGCAGGGCCUUCCAUCAUGGCCGCUUCAUCAUGGGCUUGAGGAGAGCCGCCAUGGCCCAGUCCAAUGUCACUUUCAUUGAAGGCACAGUAACCAGUUUAGAGGAAGAUGACGACGGCUGUGUCACUGGAGUCCAAUACAGAGAUAAAGAAACUGGAGCUAAUAAGGUUAUCCAUGCUGCUCUGACAGUGGUGGCAGAUGGAUGCUUCUCCAAGUUUAGAAAAAGCCUUGUUUCUGGGAAAGCACAAGUCUCUUCUCAUUUUGUUGGCUGUAUUAUGAAGGACUGUCCGCAGUUCAGAGCGCACCAUGCAGAACUGGUCCUUGCAAAUCCAAGUCCAGUCCUCAUCUAUCAGAUCUCGUCCAGUGAGACCCGAGUCCUGGUGGACAUCAGGGGAGAGAUGCCACGCAGCCUCUCGGACUACAUGGUGGAGAAGGUCCACCCACAGCUGCCAGAGCACCUGCAGGAGCCCUUCAUGGAGGCUCUGCAGAACGACAGGCUGAGGUCCAUGCCCGCCAGCUUCCUCCCUCCCUCCCCUGUCAACAAACCAGGUGUGCUGCUCUUGGGCGAUGCGUACAACAUGAGGCACCCUCUGACGGGAGGCGGCAUGAGCGUGGCUCUGAACGAUGUGCGCAUAUGGAGAGAGCUGUUCCAAAAUAUCCCCGAUCUGUACGAUGACCAGGCCAUGCUGCAGGCAAAGAAAAAAUUCCACUGGGAACGCAAGUCUUCACAUUCUUUUGUGGUCAACAUUUUGGCCCAGGCCUUGUACGAGCUGUUUGCAGCCACAGACGAUUCUCUCCAAGAGCUGAGGAAAGCAUGUUUCCGAUACUUUAAGCUUGGUGGGGAGUGUGUCGCGGGACCCAUUGGUCUUCUGUCUGUUUUGUCUCCCAAACCUGUGACUCUGAUCGGACAUUUCUUUGCUGUGGCACUGUACGCGGUGUACUUUAACUUCAGAUCCGAGGGCUGGAGCUCCAAACACAAGGCUGUGUUUAAGAGUGGAACCAUCCUGUAUAAAGCCUGCACUGUGAUGUUCCCGCUCAUAUAUUCUGAAUUCCAGUACCUGGUUUACUAA